AACAACUCCUCAGAGGAUUUCAAAAUUUUGAACCCUCUAUUAUUGAUAGCAAAAUAAAAUUCAAAAAAAGCUUAAAGCAUUUGCAAUGGUUUCUUCUUCUUCUUCCUCUUCUUUUAUUUAUAUUAUUCUUUUGUUGAAUUCUUCAUUUGGAUUUGUUUUUGGAUGCUAUGAAUCUAUAAUUAGCUUCGGUGAUUCGUUAGCCGAUACCGGAAACCUCAUUCGACUCUCGAAAUCCAAUAAUCACGUUGCUUCUUCCGUACCUCCUUAUGGUGAAACAUUCUUUCAUCAUCCUACUGGUCGAUUCUCCGAUGGACGUCUCGUUAUAGAUUUUAUUGCUGAGAGUAUGGGAUUUCCACUUAUACCACCAUAUGCUGGUGUUAUGAAAAACAUGACAAGUAGCAGAAAUUCAAUAAGAGGAAUAAAUUUUGCAGUAGCAGGAGCUACAGCAGUAGAUAUAUCUUUUUUGGAGAAAAGAGGAGUCAAGAAUCCAGCAACCAAUGUGUCCUUAGGAACUGAAUUGGAGUGGUUCAAACAAAUGUUGCCAAUUUUGUGCAAUUCUCCAACAAGUUGCAGGGAGUUUCUUGGGAAUUCACUAGUUCUAAUGGGGGAAAUUGGAGGCAAUGAUUAUAAUCAUCCAUUUUCUCAAGGAAGGUCGAGUGAAGAAGUUCAGACAUAUGUGCCUGAAGUUGUUAAAGCCAUUGGCCUAGCCAUUCAUGAACUAAUUGAACUUGGAGCUCAAACACUUAUUGUUCCUGGAAAUCUACCAAUUGGAUGUUCAGCUUCUUAUUUAACUACUUUUGAGAACUCAAAUAAAGAUGAAUAUGAUGCUGAAACUGGUUGUAUUAAUUGGUUAAACAAUUUUGCUGAAUAUCAUAACCAAUUACUUCAAGAAGAAAUUCAUCGAAUUCGUGAGCUUCAUCCUCAAGCCAAUAUAAUCUAUGCUGAUUACUACAAUGCAGCCAUGCACAUUUACAAAUCUCCAAAAAAAUUUGGUUUUACAAGCACAAUUGUAGCAUGUUGUGGAGGAGGAGGUCCAUACAAUUAUGAUUCAUUGACAAGUUGUGGUUCACCACCCUCAAAUGUUUGUGAAAACCCUUCUUCAUAUGUUAGUUGGGAUGGUAUACACUUGACAGAGGCAGCAUACAGAUUAAUAGCCAAAGGUUUAUUACAAGGUCCAUACACAAUUCCUAGAAUAAAUGAACUUUGUUCUUUUGAUGGCUUAAGUAAGGGAAAGUCAGACCAGUAGCAUACUACGGUCUAAUGGCGCUCGCAACCUUCAAAUUCUAGAUCUGUCUCUUGUAUAGAAAAUUGUAUAUAAGUGUCCAAUAUUCUAGAGACUCAACUUGAAAAGAUAGAUAUAAUUGAGCAACUUGGAAUUGUAACAUAUAUACACCAACUUUAGCUUGGAUUUGAUAGAGAGUGAGCACUAUUACAAGUUUGAAAGUAAUCAUGUAAUUAGUCAUGAUAUGUAUAUCUAGCUUUCUUUAGGUUUACAUUUAUUAAUUUAUUAUUAGGCUGAACCCCAAAUCAAAAGUGUUUGCAGGUGUGUCCACUUAUUUUCUUAUUCAAGUUCAAUUUUAGAAAGUUCACAUUCUUAUUGA